GACCAAGUUUUGUUUACUCAAUCCAACUAGAUUAAGGAAAUCGGUAAUUUCGAAACCCUUGUUCUCCAAAUUCUCGAUUUCUCUUUCUUCUUCCAAAGUCUUUUGUCUCUCUGUCUCAUCCAAAAUUCCCAGAUUUCUUCACGGAGUUAGAAGAAGAAAACGAUGAGGAGAGUUUUCGGCGCGAAGAAGAACACAGAGCCUCCUCCGUCCAUUCAGGAUGCCUCUGAUCGGAUAAAUAAAAGAGGAGAUUCGGUAGAAGAUAAGAUAAAGAAGCUUGAUCUUGAGCUCUGCAGAUAUAAAGAACAGCUUAAAAAGACAAGACCUGGUCCUGCUCAAGAAGCUGUCAAAGCUCGUGCUAUGAGAGUUCUCAAGCAGAAGAAAAUGUAUGAAGGACAACGCGACAUGCUCUAUAAUCAAACAUUCAAUCUCGAUCAAGUUUCAUUCGCCGCUGAAGGACUCAAAGAUGCUCAACAAACUAUGACAGCACUAAAAUCUGCGAACAAGGAUUUGAAAGGAAUGAUGAAAACCGUGAAGAUUCAAGAUAUUGAUAAUUUGCAAGACGAGAUGAUGGAUCUGAUGGAUGUUAGUUCUGAAAUUCAAGAAACACUUGGUAGAAGCUACAAUGUUCCUGAUGGCCUUGACGAAGAUGACCUCAUGGGAGAGCUUGAUGCUCUUGAAGCUGACAUGGGAAACGAGACCGAAGCAGAUGGAAUGCCUUCUUAUCUCCAACCUGAUACAGAAACUGAUUACGAUAACGAGCUUAACUUGCCUGCAGCACCAACAGGACGCAAUGGAGCUUCACAGGGAAGAGUUCAGGCUGAGGACGAAUUUGGAUUACCAGCAGUGCCACGAGCUUCUCUCCGGGGUUAAGUUCCACCGAUUCUCUUGUUGGGUGGAGCUACUAAGCUUUUAUUUAGCCUUAGAGUCUUUAUUCAUUUGUGCAUAACGUUUUUAACUUUGAUAAACUUCCUUUUGGCUUUCUUAUUGACUUCAAAAAUUGUCUUAUUUCAUGUAUCUCAGAUUAUCUUUGUUUCUCAUAUUUUCUAUCAUCAAUAACACAAAUGAUGAGAA